CCGACGAGUUUGGGCGUAAUUAUGCUGUGUAUGAUUUUAUUCACUAAAUGAGUAUACAACACACUGAAUAUGAGAGAUCUGUUUUGUGUGUAUACUAAACAUUCCAUUGCCAGUCAUAGUGCUUUCAAAUGUUUAUUCAGAUUUUUAGGCGAUACUUAAGGAAGUAGCACCCAUGGGAACCUCUACUAUGAUGAAUAAGAAACUAAUUAUACAUAAGUGCCGUCUGAAAUUUUGUGAUUCAGUUUGAUCGUGAUGUAUCCUGUUUCAGCGAGUGGAGUUGGCGAGAUUGAAAAAUAAGGCUAUGACACAUUGAUCAGUGGAUGUCUGAGCGCCAUUUGCAGCAGCUAAGUCUCAUUUGUAGCAGCGAAGUGACAUAUAAAGAGCUAGGCUAGGAUAAUGAGGUGCACAAAUUCAAAAAUCCGCAUGUAUACAGCAGUGCUGAUAGUGGUAUCAGUGGCUCUCAGUCUCUAUGUGCUAUCUGGUUGGAGAGAUAAACCAAUCAAAACGCUUGAAACAGUUCAUAGGGCAUGGUCUGACAUUUCAAGAUUAUCCACCGGAAUGUGCGAGUCUAUAUUCAACAGGAAGGGAUGUCUGGAUGCGCCUGAGUGUGGCUGGUGCGUAAAUAAUGACACCCAGUCAUGCGUUCAUGGUACCAUAGAUAGAGCGGCAAAUCAUCAAUGCUCUAAAUGGUGUUUCGAACACAAUUAUGGAAAUUGCAGCAUAUAUAAGAAGCUAAUUGUGUUUGGAAAUGGGCCAUCUUUGAAAGGAUUUGACUUCUUAAAGACUAAAGGAGUAGAUACAUUAGGAAUGAACUUAGCUUUUAGAUACUGGAAGGAGAUUGACUGGUGGCCCAAAUAUUAUGCAUCAUUUGAUACAGUGGUUAACAUUGCUCACAUUCCGGAGCUGAUGGAAAUGAUUGAGAACUCUGAUAAACGUGGCAUGAGACUCUUCUUUACGAGAUCAAAUAUUGCUAAAGAAGUGCCUAAACUGAAAUCUCAUCCAAAAGUGAAAUUUUUCGAAUAUAUUAAAGCUGGUAAAGACCAAAAUAUGGUAAAAGUGACUCGAAAGAUCUCGACAGGUGCCUUAUCUGCAAGGGUUGGGCAGUAUUUAGGAUAUGAAAAGAUUCUGCUACUUGGAAUAGACAUGAAUUAUAUUGAGCACAUCAAUGGAUCAACCUCAAAAGGAAAACAACUGAUAAUGAAAGAAACCCCUAAAAACAACUCAAACUAUUUCUUUUCAAAUUAUCAAGUGAAAGGCGAUGUGUAUAAUAUCCCUAACAAUGAGAAAGUUCAUAUAACAGCCUUCGAGCAUAUUUUAGCAGAUGUCAAGAAACACCCAGAGUUUAAUGUAGAAUAUUUUAAUGGCAGUCCAGUGUCAAGACUCAAAGGAAUUGGUUUCAAAUUCAUGACAUUUGAAGACUUUAUGAAACUUUGAUAAUUAUGGAAACUUGUAUUCAACAAAUAGCUACAUGUACUUUAAAGGACGAUUCUCGGUUUGGAGAACAGUCUCCAGGGCUAAUAAUUUUUUCAUGAAAAAUAUAGAAAUAUUACCCAAAUCAAACUAUGAAUAUUCAAAAGAGGACAUUUAAAUCUACAAGAUGUAAAAAUAACAAAUUGGUCUGAAGCAGGGAUAACGCUCAAUUUGACAGAUUCAAUAAAAUACAAGUCUCGAUUUGGGGAAAAAAGUUCAUCAGUGUACUGCGCUCAUAUUUUCAAAUAAUUCAAGUUUUUGAGGCAUUUUUUAGAAAAAGCAACAGACCUAUUUUUACUAGAUCAGUUUUUCAUGCUGAUAAAGAUAUUAAAAGAUGACAGCUCAACGGGGUGGUCACGACACUAAAUUUUGGCAUUUUUACCCCCCUAGGAAAAUAUUCUAGGGGGU